UUGCAAAUGAUAGAUUGAUAUCUUCCUCUUCUUCUUAUCUUUAUCCUCCAUUGCUACACAGAAAACCGUCGCAGUAAUUCACUUGUUAUUCAGGUACUAUGGCUUCUACUUCCUCCACUCCUCCUCAACGGAAAUAUGAUGUGUUUCUUAGUUUUAGAGGUCUAGAUACCCGUAAUGGUUUUGUUAGUCAUCUCUUCAAAGCUUUAAGUGAAAAACACAUUAUCACCUUCAAGGAUGAAAAUCUUGACAGAGGAGAACAGAUCUCAGAUACCCUCUCGCAAACAAUCAAAGAAUCAUAUGUUUCAGUUGUUAUUUUUUCGAAAAAUUAUGCAUGUUCUGCAUGGUGUUUGGAUGAGCUCGUGACAAUACUUCAGUGUAAUAAAGAGAAGGGUCAAGUAGUACUGCCUGUCUUCUAUGAAAUAGAUCCAACUGAGGUGCAGGAAUUGACAGGCAGCUAUGGCAAUGCACUUAUGAACCAUCGAAAAGAAUUCGAGAAUUGCUUAGUCGAGAACUGGAGCCAUGCUUUGAAGAAAAUAGCUGCGAUGGCAGGAUUCGUUUCAUGGAAUACCAAGCCGGAGUCAAAACUAAUCGAAGAAAUUGUCAAUCAUGUUUGGGAGAAAUUAAAUCAAGCAUUUUCUUAUGAUCAUUGUGAUGAUGGUUUAGUUGGAAUUAAUUCACGUAUCAAGGAUAUUGAACAAAUGUUAUGCCUUGAAUCAAAAGAUGUUCGCAUUUUAGGAAUAUGGGGAAUGGGAGGUAUAGGAAAAACAACUCUCGCUAGCAAAAUAUUUGAACGGAUUUUAUCUCAAUUUCACAGUUCAUAUUUUGUUGCAAAUGUGAGAGAAAAAUUAGAAAAAAGCACAUUAGAUUCAUUACAACAUGAACUUCUUUCCAAACUAUUAGGAAAAGAAUAUUCAGAUCUUGGGAUAGCAAAUAGAUUUUUUGGUAGGGCUCAUGAUAUUUAUGGUCGAGGGAGUAGAAUUAUUAUGACAAGCAGAGAUAAACAAAUUCUCAAGAACGCAGGUGCCGAGAUAUAUGAAGUUAAAGAAUUGAAUUUUGAUGAUGCUUUUAAACUCUUUAUCUUGCAUGCUUUUAAAGGAAAUCCUCCUCCAAAAGCAUUCAUGGGAGUGGCGAGGACGUCAGUAGAUUAUGGACAAGGCAACCCAUUAGCUCUUAAAGUUUUGGGUUCCAACUUAUAUGAUAAGAAUAUAGAAGAAUGGAGUGACCACUUAAAAAAACUGGAGGGUAUUUCUGAUAAGAAAAUUCAAAACAUACUGAGAAUAAAUUUUGAUAAUUUGGACGAGGACGAGAAAGAAAUAUUUCUUGAUAUAGCAUGUUCUUUCAGGUGGGAAGAGAAAGAUGAAGUUGAAAGUAUCUUGAGCAGUUUUGGUCGUUCUGCGAUAACUGGAAUCAGAAGUCUUUAUGACAAGUCUCUCAUCACAAUUUGGGACAAGAAGAUAGGAAUGCAUGAUUUGCUCCAACAAAUGGGCAGAGAUAUUGUUCGUCAAGAAUGCGUCAAGAGUCCUGAAAAGAGAAGCAGGUUGUGGAUUCCUCAAGAUAUCGAUCGUGUAUUGACAAAAGAUUUAGUAAGAACCAAAUGCAUUGGCACUCUUUUUAAACCUCAAUUGCUAUAG